AGAUGCUUGGUGAGCCAGGUCCACAACGUGCGCUUGUGAACAGCGCUGACAGUUUUCUAAUGAAACUGGGAUACGAGCUGUCCUAGAGGUAAAAUUCCACUGUUUUCACUAUAGAAUAAGGUUUGUAGAAUAGAUGCACUACCUUGCGCCUUUGGUGGCCGACUGGGGGCUUUCUUGGUGUCAUAUGACCCAGUCUCUCGGUAUUUCCUCAGCGUUCUUUUGAUUGUGGAAUAGCUGAUCUUUUCUUGACGUGCGAUUUCUUCCCUAGUAUGUCCAGCUUUGUGCAAUGCAACGAUGGCAGCUCGUUUGGUUGGUUCCAGUGGCUUCAUGUUGGCCAUUGCAUUGCAGCAAACUCGGCCGUCAACCUGAUAGAAGGUAUCACGUGUGAGCACGUGAAACCUUCGUUCGUGCUACUGUAAUCCACAUCGCAAGAUGCAUGUGUAUCGCUUCACCUGAGAUAUGACCACUCAUCCGGACGUAAAGCACGCUUCUGCAAUAUUCUGCUCAGAGUUCAAGUCCGAAUGCGAAGGUGUCCAGGCGUCCUUGCGAGACACUUCUUGCGAUCGGCAUGCUCUGUUGGUCAAGACAAGUGAGCUUGGCAAAAAGCUUACGGAAGCCGCUGUAUAUCUUCCAGCUUAUGAUCAAAGGCAGUGCUCUGCGUUAUUAAAAGAUCUGCAAGAGUGUCUAUCGAGCUCUAAUCCGCCGCGAGCGAAAUUCUCCUUCGCAUCACGGAAAAGCAAAGCAGCGAAGGAGGAAGUGACCACGAAACGAAGCACCGCUACGCUGGAAACGGCGGUCCAGGAUGCUACCGCUACUGGUGGAAAGGGGGACAUUUUUGGGGAAGCUGAAUUAACUGCAAUACCGAAGUCACCACAGGAAGGACGAAAGCACAGUGCACUACCGCCAGCCGAUCCUACUCACUCACGCACAAUAGCGGACUAUGUCGACCGUUACGUCAAUCUGCCCGGCGCUGCAGAUGCGGAGGGGCUUGCUACAGCAUCAAAAGAUUACUACCUACUGAAUUUAGAUCGAUGCGUGAUCUCGAUGCUUACAACGCCUGUUGCUGCCCUGCAUGCAAAGAAAUUGCGCAACUGCCUGGUUAUUGCUGGUCCAAUCGCCGGGUCAGUGCUGCUUGAAAACUGUGAAAACUGCGUAUUCGUACUGGCGUGCCGACAGUUUCGCAUGCAUCACACGAUGCAUGCAGAUGUAUUCCUUCACAUACCGUCUCACCCAAUCAUUGAAGAUUGUGACAAAAUCCGAUUUGCACCAUACCCUGCCGAAGACCUAUCCUCAUUACUUACCACGUCAUCAAUGUCUCGCCUUUUCGAAAUGGCUGAUUUGGAGUAUACCCCAGAGGUUAACCGCUUUGACAAAGUCGAAGAUUUCAAAUGGUUAAAGCGGACCCCAAGUCCCCAUUGGGGUGUAUUAGCCGAAAAUGAGCGUCGAAUUGAUUGGAGAACUUGUGCACUAAUACCCAAGGAAGAUGGAAAUGGAUAUAUCGGUAGCGAAGAUGCGUUGGGUGACACCAGGGCGAUAUUGGGAAAUGUUCUUCCCACUUCUUUCACCUAGAUAAACACUGGCCCGAGAAAGCAUAGUACCAGUGUAGAAGACGUUGAAUCUAAUAUAAUUUCAUUAAUGUACUGUAGUUCUUCCUUUCUCAAAACAUGAAAUCUUACUUUUAUCGGC